AUGGCUGAAAGAGAAGGUGGCUUAUUGGUCAGUAGAAGUAGGCGGGAUAGUGCUGCAUCUGCUAAUUAUGGAAAAACUACUGAGGAAAUGAUAGAGCAUAGGGCUAAGCAUCCGGGGAUUAUACAUCAAGAUGAUAGAAGACAAAUUCGUGAAAUGGAUUGUUAUGAUAAGCUAGGUUUUUCGUUUCCUUCGCAUAAGAAAUGGCUCAUCCUUAGUGUGACAUUUGCUGUUCAAGUUUCUAUGAACUUUAAUGCUAGUGUAUAUCCCAAUGUUAUACCUUUAAUUAGCGAAGAAUUUAAUGUCUCAGAAGUAAAAGCCAAAGUAUCUCAAAUGGUUUUCAUGGUUGCGUAUGCAUUUGGUUGUGAGUUAUGGGCACCAUGGAGUGAAGAAUACGGUCGUUGGCCAAUAAUGCAAUUAAGUUUGACAUUUAUGAAUAUCUGGCAAAUCUUAGGUGCACUCGCACCAAAUUUUGGUACUAUUGUUGUUGCUCGUUUCUUGGGUGGUAUCUCUUUGGCAGGUGGUUCCGUUACAUUAGCAAUAGUUGCAGAUAUGUGGGAAUCAAAUGAUCAAGGAUAUGCUGUUGCGUUCAUUGUUUUAUCUUCAGUUGGUGGUUCAGCUGUUGGACCAGUUUUUGGUGGUUUAAUAACAGAUCGCCUUUCAUGGCAUUGGAAUUUUUGGAUUCAACUUAUUUUGGGGGGAGUUGUUCAAAUAUUGCAUUUUUUUCUUGUUUGUGAAACUCGGGUUGAUUUACUUAUGGAUAAAGAGGCCAAGCGUCGCCGUGAAUCUGGAGAAGAUAUUGGUAUUUAUGGACCAAAUGAAAUCAACAAACAUCAAUUGACGAUGAAAGAAAUUUUAGCUAUUUGGCGUCGUCCUUUUGAAAUGUUUUUAAGAGAGCCAAUUGUUUUAUGUUUAUCCCUCCUUUCUGGAUUUUCUGAUGCUUUGAUUUUCAUUUUUAUGGAAUGCUUUUCUUUAGUUUAUCAACAAUGGGGAUUUUCUACAACUCAGUGCGGGCUUGCUUUCAUACCGAUUUUGAUUGGUUAUAUUCUUGCAUAUCUAAUUCAUCUUCCUGAUAUUGGCCGCCAAAUGUUUUUGAUCAAGAAUCAUGGCGAAGAGUCUAGAUUUGCGGAAAGACGUCUUCUUUUGUUACUUUUUCUUGCUCCUUUAUUGACAAUAGGAAUGCUUGGGUUUGCCUGGACCUCUAUGGGGCCUGACUACAAUCCAUGGAUUGCUCCAAUGAUAUUUGGAAGCUUGAUUGCUAUUGCUAAUUACAGUAUUUAUAUGUCAACAAUUGACUAUAUGAUUGCAGCAUAUGGCCCUUAUUCAGCAUCUGCUACUGGUGGAAACGGAUUUGCUCGUGACUUCUUAGCAGGUAUAUCCAUCUUAUACGCAAUUCCAUUGUACUCAAACAUUGGUGGAAAACGCCACCUUCAAUGGGGUAGUACCUUGUUAGCUUGUUUAGCAGCACUUGUAACAAUUCCAAUUUUUAUUUUUUAUUGGAUGGGACCAGAAAUUAGAAGAAGAAGUAAGUUUGCACAAACUCUCGCUGCUGAUAGCAAACUCAGAAACACCGAGUUUCAAGACGAAGAUGAAGCUGCUAUCGCAUCUGAAUCUACUGAGAAGCUUUAA